AUGUCAAAUAACGGGAAAAAGGAAGUUGAGGAAUUCUUUGAUGGCAUGGAAAACCCCGACAAGGAAAAAACCGACAAGGAUAAUCUCACCAAGGACGAAUCAAAAAAGGAAAAGUCACCUGAAUCAAUCUCCAAGGUGCAUCUUGAACCUAAGAUCCUUCUCAAGGUCCCUUCUGAUCACGCGUCACGUGUCAGCUCAAAGGUAACAGAUGACGACGAUCAAUCAAAAAUCGAUUCUACUCGCAAACCAUCAUCCAAGGUAGAACUCAAGGUAUCAACUCAGUUCACAAGGCUCAAAAUCGUGGAAAAUACGUUCCCAGAUUUACAACGAGGACUUUUUGUGGACAGUGCGGAUUUUUUGGAACUAAGGGUUCAGAUUCUCGAGAAGAAUUAUGAGGAGUUCAGCGAGAUUCAUGAUGAACUCAUCACCAGUAGUUCGGCCAAAUUCCUUAAACACCCUUAUGUACAGGAGGAUGUUUUCGGACAAUUUGUUGAAGCUUACACCAAGGCAAGGGACGCGAUGCUGUACCACGUGUGCAAGCUUCGAAAAUUGGAACCUCCCGCUCUCACCCACUCACCCUCAUCAUCGGAAGUGCGAUCUUCAGGGAAGCUCCCCAAAAUUCCUCUUCCAACUUUUUCGGGCGAUUACUCAGCUUGGAAUAGCUACAAGGAUCUCUUCUCUUCUUUGGUCACAAAUGACCCAAAGAUAUCAACUGUGGAGAAGAUGCAAUACCUUAAGGUUAGUCUCACUGGUGACGCGGCCAAACUCAUCUCGAAUCUCUCAGUUUCCAAUGACAGUUUCGAAUCUGCCUGGAACAUUGUCGUUUCUCGGUACGACAACAAAAGGUUACUCAUCACUCGACACAUGGAACAGCUCUUCUCAACCACUAUCAUCCCCCCAAAGUCCGCGCAAGGUUUAAACACUCUCUUGUCCUCAACCACGGAAGCGUUAAACGCCCUCUCAACUCUCGGUUUGCCAGUGGACCAAUGGGACCAAGUUUUGGUGCAUCACAUCUCAAAACGGCUCGACACUCACACUCGAGAAGGUUGGGAGAUCAAACUCGGAUCAAGGCUGGAUCCCCCCACCUACACUCAACUCAAGGAUUUCCUCACUGGUCGAGCUCGUGCUCUUGAGAGUAUCUCUAGCUACUCUCAACCAACAAGGAACCAAGCAUCAACAUCAGGCAAAUCUCAAGGUAACUCAUCAUCUCAAAGGGCAUUUGCUGGAUCCACUCAAUCCCCAAGACAACAAGGUUCAUCAUCAUCAUGCUCAAUGUGCGGUAAAUCUCAUUUCUUGGUCAGAUGUGAGAAAUUCCGAGAUCUGAUGCCUACCGAAAGAAGGCAAUUUGUCAUCAAGGAACGCCUUUGUUUCAACUGCUUGGGACCCCACAGUGCUAGUGCGUGUAAGAGUGAAAAAAGGUGUCAAGAGUGUGAGGGUAAACAUCACACCAUGAUCCAUCAAUCCACUGCACCCAAGAUCAACAAGGAUACUAAUCAACCAUCAAAGGACAAGGAUCAAGAUCAAGGAUCAAGUACAUCAAACAGCUCCAAGGUCAAUUGA